AUGGCAACCCAACAGUCCCCGCCUCUCAAGAUCGACCGAUACCUGGUCAUCCACGUCGCCACUACCUGCGACGAGCAUGGCGUUUAUGUCACCAAGGAUUCGGCCGAAGUCAUAGAGCUAGGGUGGAUCCUCCUCGAUGCCAACAAUCUUGAGGAGCUCCAUCGCGAGAGCGUACUGGUCAAGCCAAUUAACACUCCGAUUACACCUCUAUGCACGAGCUUGACGACCCUCACCUGGGAGCAUGUUCGGACGGCUGGUACAUUCAGGGAUGCUAUCAAUCGAUUCGAUGCCUUUGCUUCCGAGUUUCUCACCGCCCAGAAUCUCGACUUCGUCUUCGUGACCUUGGAGGCUUGGGAUCUGCGUGUUCAGCUACCUCGGGAAGCUCGUGACAAGGCGGUUGUCCUCCCUCCUUACCUUCAGCAUUCUCGCACCUUCGACCUUCGCACUGAGUAUCAGAGAUGGCAGCAGCACCACCCCGAAUCCCUGCCGUUCGGGCCCUCGUCCCUGGGCAACAUCUGUGCUGCCCUGGAGGUUGAGGCUGUGCAGUCCAGCGCUCCCAUCAAGCAUAACUUGCCUUUCCAUCUGCAGGCCCUGGCCCCGGCCUCUCCCCGUCGCGCCAUGGAGGAGGCUGUCACCCUUGCUCGUGUCCUGCGUGGGCUGAUUCGGAAGUCUCAGCCUCCACACGAGCAUCCCGAUGUCCUCACCCGCCCAAUGGAUGCCCGUGCCGAUGUUCGUGCCUUCUUAUCGGAACGCAGCAAGGUCUUGCACAUGUCAGGUUUGCCCCACGAUACAACCCAGUCUGAGCUCGAGAGCUGGUUCACUCAAUUUGGUGGACGGCCAAUUGCCUUCUGGACCCUUCGUACGCCAGAGCAGCACAAGCCAACUGGGACUGGCUUUGCUGUCUUUUCCUCCCAUGAAGAGGCCGCCGAGAGUUUGUGUAUGAAUGGUCGAGCCCUGAAUGAGAAGGCGAUCGAGGUUUCGCCAUCGUCGAGCCGUGUCCUGGACCGCGCCGCCGAGAUUCUCACCCCAUUCCCUCCUAGCAAGAACAGACCGAGACCCGGUGACUGGACUUGCCCGUCGUGCGGCUUCUCCAACUUCCAGCGGCGCACGGCCUGCUUCCGCUGCUCGUUCCCGGCCGUCAAUGCCGGCCCUACGGGGGACAUGGGCUACGGUUAUGGCUACGGUCCGCCAGCCAUGAUGGCUCCUCCUCCACAUAUGGGUGGACACCACGGCCACGGUGGCGGUCAUGGGCGGAUGGGCGGCAGUGGGGUGGUCCCGUUCCGCGCCGGCGACUGGAAGUGCGGUAACGAGGUCUGCGGCUACCACAACUUCGCCAAGAACGUUUGCUGCCUCCGCUGUGGCGCCAGCCGUGCUGCUGCUGCCGUGGUAGCCGACUCGGGAUAUCCCUCGCCAAUGGAUACGCCGUCCUCGUAUAACAUGAACCAAGGGUCGAUGGCCGGGACCCCUGGACCGGGACCCUUUGCUUCGACCGCUGGAGGUUUCCCCUCAGGUGGCGCCUAUGGCCAGCACUUUGGAGGGCCGCCGAGCACCUAUGCUCUUCCAUCCGGGCUGGGAGGCGGCGCCGCUCCCUACCCGUCAUUGAACACCCACUUCGGGCCUGCCCCAGGCUCCCAUUCCGCUGGACCCUUCGAUAGCCGUGCUGCCGAGGCUGCCUUCCAGUCUGCUGGCAACGGCCCGGCCUCUGCCGGUCCGGGCAACAACUUUUACUCUCAGAACGAGAGUGACCCCUUUGCCUUCCUGUCUUCUGGCAUCGGCAGCCUCUCGGUUAGCGGCGGAGACGCGCGCCAGAAUGGAGGCUCCGCUCCUCCUAGCAAGUCGCCGGCGUAG